CCAUCAUGUUUUCGCGGUUUUCCGAAUGCCGUUACAGUAUUUUCUAUUUUUAUUUAAUUAAUAUUUUAAUUUAAAUAGUUAUGAUAGUACAGCCGAUGCAUUUUUAGAACCCUAGUGACAUUCUCAUUUAUCAUUCAAAAUGAGUGCCAACGAAAAAUUGGGGUAUUGGCGAGGACUUUAUGAACUGAUCACCGAGUUGAAAGGGGAAGUCGAUCCCAAAUUCAUCAAGUUCGAGUUGGAAAAAAUUGAGAAACAGUUAUUAGAAGGGACUAACUGGUUCGAUGUCUGUACAGAAAACCGCAAAAAAGUUGAAGCAAACAAUGACACCAGUAAGAAGAUGAGUGUUGACAACCUGAUCAGUCACUUGGCUUUGUUGCUAAAUGUUGAACACGCCAAAUGUUGGGACAUAUUCUUAAAUUACAUCAUGCACUCCUUCCGGGGGACUGAGUCCAAGCUGCAGGAAAUGGUUAAAGUAGACAAGUCCAGGAAUGAAAUUAUUCAGGGUGUUUUUUUCUUUUACUACAGUGAAAGAUUAUUUCUUCUAAAGACACUGAAACACAUUGUUAAGAACUAUUUUGAUGCUAAUCACAAAUACCAGGAUGUGUAUAAAAGUUUAAUUGAUAAACUGAAACCAGCUGAAAUUUACAAGUCUCUGAUGAGUCAACUUGCAAAAAUUCAGUCAGUUCCAUUACCAAUAAAAUUAACGCAUGGAUCGCUGCUGACUAAUUCACGUAAAUCUCUUUGGGUCCAACACUGUUUUGCAGAGCAGAUUGAAAUUCUGAACAUUCUGAUAAUGAUAGUCCCAAUAGUUGAUAUCAAACUUGCGAAUGUACUACAAUGGAUACAAACAGUUAAGGAAUCAGAUUUCGGAUCGGUUCAAGAGAGGCGCUGUGAUGAUGAGCAGUCACUUUCCCAGCUGAAAACCAUCACACUUACGGAAGUACUUCUCACAUUGCAGCUUUUCAGUUACUCAUGGGAUGCCGAAUCAGGCUUUUGGUCUAACGAAAUGGAAGUUUUCAACAAAUUGGAAGAACAGAUGAAAAAUCUGAAGCAGGGUGCUGAAAGUGGUCCCCUAGUCCUUGCAUGGAUGUUGAUGAAUCGUCUGGGUCCAUACGGCUACAAAGAUGAAAAGACAUUGAGUUUCUUCGCCACCAUAGCCAACAGAUUGCAACCAUGGGAUUUUCUUAAUCAAAUUCUACUUUGUCCAAAUUUUCAGGAUGACUCCUUCUUGGAAACUAUUGUCUCCGUCACUGUUUACGAGUUGACACAUUUAUGCUGCACAAAUUUUGGACCAGCAGUGUUUGGCAAUGAUAAAGCAGUUUAUCAGCUUUUAAGCAACUUAGCCAAGCACAAGACGGUUCAAGAUGAUAUCUGGGAAAAAGGCAAUAAAGGUCUGAUGCAACUGUUACACGAUUUGGAGGUGUUUUAUCCUAUUUCUGUAGCUGACUUACUUCUCGUUCUAAUUCCAUUUUGCUCCAGCAAAGAACGAUGUGAUACGAUUGUAGAAAUGAUGGACAAGCAGAUGUUGUAUUAUACUUCAGAAAGUGUAAUGUUAUCGCAGACGGAAAGUCAAGAAUGGGUGAAUAGCUUCGAUUUUCAUCCUUUGGCAUUUGUACAACAAGUUUGUAUUCCUAAAGGGACAAAGUGUAAGCGAAUUGAAGGCAACUUUCGUUGGGACUACACCAUAUCAUUUUGGCACAUCAUGACUGAUUAUCUGCGCAAUUAUGUUCGAGUUUGCUCAACCGCAGUUCAUCAUACCAUUCAUCAAGAUUUACGUCGAAAGGUUCUUAUGUACUUGAAAUUUACUUGCACUUUUAUGAAAUAUAGCAUAGAUACCACUCACGUAUUUCUGGCUGCAUUGGAUGAAAUGUUGAUUCUUCUUUCCAAAAUUCCUUUCACUGAGAAGACUGUCGACAUAGAAAUUAUCACUGCCUGCCUACAGCUUUACACUGAGGCCGUUGCUGUAUUCCCUCAAAGAAUAGUGGCGUUGUGUUCAGAUCUACCUGUCUUUCCAAAGUGUGAGCGAGGUGGAAUGAAUUACAUUUCAUGUGCAACUGCCCAAUCGCUCACAAAAAUCGGAUCUCUUAUGUCAGUCUGUGAUUCAGCUGGAUUGAGCCAUGGCGAUCAUUCUAUUUUCAUUGCUUAUCUGAAUUUAUUGAUAGCAUUGUACAAGUUUCCAGAGACCAGAACAUCACAGCCUGUAUUGUGCGGCCUAAUGUAUCUGUUAAAUUGCUCAUUUCCGCAAUUCAAGAAAUGGUACUAUAAGAAGGAAGAGGAUUAUCGCCAGGUUGAGUGGCUUUUCUACGAGUUUUUCCAUGAAAUACUCCAGACUCCUAAUGAUGAUAAAAGUGUGAUGAAGAUGGAAACAAGCCCCUCCAAGGCAGAUGUUGCUGAAUCAAGCCUCGUCAUAACCGAACAAUUUUUACGCCAUGUCUUGCUGUAUAGUCUACUCCACAAAAUUCCUGGAAGCGUCUUAGUUGAUACAGCAUGUUCAGGUGAACAAGUACUAUUCAGUUACCUUGUAACCAAACCUAGUUGGACUGGAGGCUUAGGGCGAUUAGUCGUCCGAACAGUGGAACAUGCUUUAGAUGUAUUCAAUCAAGUCUUAUCCUUCAAAAGACUAGAUCUCGAAAAUUCUCAACUUGCCCCUAUUGAAGAAGAUCUAUUUGAAACAAAACUUUGGAAAAGGAGCUUUAGACUACUCCAGAUCACAAGCUACAUUCAUAAUAGUUUUAGUCCGCACUUACGUCAAAUUUCUCUGAAAGUUUUGUCAAAAUUAGCAGAUAAUCGAUCAAUCUCUUUCUUAACAUGCCUUGGAUUGGAUCCUGUUGCAGUGCGAAAAGUAUUUUUAGAGCCCCUUUUUGCUGAAAAUGAGCCAGAUGGCAUUAAAGCUUAUUUAGUUCGCUUUAUCACAAGUUGUGUGCGAAACCAGUCAAGCAUGACAGAAGCUUUUGUGAAUGCCUCCGCUGUUCUGAGUGCUGUGAAAGAUACAAAUCAGCAAGAUAAAAAUGAAGAUGGAAUUCUCCCUUUCUUAACCAGUUACUUGAAGAAAAUUGAUGAAGAAACAUGCAGUUCUAUCUUAUGUCUAGAAACUGUUAGAUUACUUCAAGAGCUGUGGAAAAGUCACCGAUCCUUACCAGUUCACUAUUUAAAGAAGCAAAAAGGAUUUUGGUUCUUUUUGUUCAAGCCAUUGUUUUUUAAACCGAAGAUGAAAUUGAAGCCACUGUAUGCCACCAUAAUGAACAUUUUGAGUCAGGAACUUUUUAUUGGCUCAAAAGACAAUGUAGAUGAAGAGCUGUCACGGUUUUUGAAAUCCUUCUUUCAAGAUGAUUCAACAAUAACUGCCUGGAAUGAGUUCUGCUUGGGACUUAUUGGUGAGGACUCAGAGGACCCAUUACAAGUCAAAGUCAAAAUGGACCUAGUCAAAGAGUGGCGCAAUUUGCUGGCAUGUAUCUCUGGAUCCCACCCAAGUUUUAUCAACGAUUCAGUCUGGCCAAAGGUGGCUCUCUCCUUCUUGGAGUCUCUCUCACAGUACAACAUACAAACAGACACGGUUGAAGUGCGCUACAUUGUUGAAGCAUACUUGUUACUAAUGAAAAAUCUUAAAAAGAACUCAUUAAUUCAGUUUGAAUCCGGUUUGAAAGAGUUUGCGAAAAUCUUCCCAAUGGUGGUCAUGCAGUUUUAUUAUACUAAAAUAGAAACUCGAGCUAUACUUCUGGUUUUAUCAAAUCAAGUGAUCAAAAGUAGCUCAAUGCAGAAGUCUCUCACAAAAGAAGAGGAAGAAUGCUUAGAAAUGAUCCUGAAAAAUGUGUUCCUUCUACUUUCAAAGCAACUUCAUGAAGUAGAGUGCAAAAGCCUAGCCCCUGAGGAGGACAUCAUAUUUCUUUUACUUUUAUCUCAUGCUCUCAGCAUUGAGAAUUCUCAGUUGCCAAACUGCAAGUCUCAUUGGCAGUCUUUGGUGGAGAAAUAUGAUUUGUUCAAUAGACUAGUCUCUCUUUUGAAACUCCUAUUAAAGACCAAGAAGAAAAUCAAAACCAUUGGAUUGAUGGUUGGAUUUUUGAUAAAAACAGCAGAGCUCUCUAACAUCAAUCUUGUUUUGGAUGUUGAACACUUUACAGUCAGCCUGUGGGACUGCAUCAUGCCAGAUGACUCUGUGAUUUCUGAUAAACUGAUAGCAGAAGCCACUGAUGUUCAUUCGUCCCUAUUCAAAGGUCAUUUUUGGAAUGCAAACUACAGCCAAAUUCUAAGCUUAGUAGCAGUUUUGCUCGAGAAAGGUGACUACAAAGUCAAAUCAUCACUGCUCAAUGAUUUGAUCAUCUUUCAAGUGCCAUACAUCAUCGAAGCUCAAAAGUUGGUUAAAUGUUCCAUUUUUGAAAACGAUCUUCUCCUAGUCUCACGAAUAUUUAUUCUGCUGAGAGAAAUAGCUCUAGUGCGAGACAUAUGGCCAAAGAGUCUAUGUGAAGGGCUGACUAAAUGUUUUAUCCAAAUGAGGCAGUCUUUCUCCAGUAUUGUAGAAAUUUUAGUGUCUCCAGAGGCGCUUCUUUCUUUGGUGACCGGAGACUACUACAGUGUCGACCGAUUCAUUGGCUUCUGUCAGACAAUGCAAAUGCUUGAGAAAACUCUGCCGGAAGAAAUUGAUACUAGCCUAAAAUCAACGCAAGCCAGGCUUUUAUCGCUGUUGCUUUAUUGUACAGCAACUUUGAAUCUUUUCGGAACAGAAACAAUUGAACUAAUUGAUUGUCUUCAAACAAGUAUACCUGUUACUGAAGCACAUCAGCUGUAUCCAAACUGUCCAGUUACAAUGCCUCCCUACAACGAUCUCUUGAUGUUUGAGGACUUUCACUCAGUGUACCAUGCCUUAUCGGCUAUCUCAGCCGGAUACUCAAAGCGUUUGAAAAUCAAUGUUCACUUCAUGUCCUCGAGUUUACUGCCAUGUGAAACAAGUUUUUUGCCAGACAUCUCUAACUCUGAUGUGACAACUCUUCAACUUCUUGUAGAGAUGCUAGUCAGUCUGAUUAUCAAAAUUGUCCUUCUUGUCUCUUUGGAUCCAGCCAUUGAUAAGAAAAACACACAACAUUUUAUUCGGGAGCUUAAUUGUGAAGUGGCUGGAUUCAUUGAUUUUGCCACUCGUUACAACUGGGAUGAAAGUCUUAAAAACAAAUGCUCAGUCUUCGAGGAGUACUUUUUUACAGAAACCAGGGAAGCCUCUACCGAAAAUGCAGCGAUUCUUCAAGCCAAACAAACAUGUCUAGAUUCUUUACGCAGGCACAGAAGUAUGAGCAGAACAAUCCUAGCAUGGAAAUCAGCAGAAAAAAGCAACCAGAAGCCCCAGUUACGAUCGCCAGGCUCUUCAACAAAAUUUAGCGAGCCUAGACAAACCAGUCCAAAUUCUCAGAUUCUUACGCGAUCAGUAGCCUCAAGUGUAUCCGAAGAACCAUCAACCAGUAAAGGAGUGCAUCUAGUUGAAGAGAGCACUGAAAUGGAGGAAGAUCAGGUUGAAAAAAUUGAAAUGGUAGAUUCUCGUAGAAAAUCUAUCAAGCGCGAUGAGCAGUCUGAUGCAGCGGAACAUUUCUUAGCAGUUUCAAAAGCUUUCUUCUGUAGUGCAAAAUCGCAGAACAUCAGUUACUUUGAUGUGGCCAUUAAAUGUCUAGAGAUUAUUUUCCUGAAUGGUGAAAGUCUGUUUGAUCCUAAGCGAAAGGAAGUAUCGCCACCUCACAACUUAUCACGUUCGGAUAGUGAAGAAUCUUUGAAUGAAUCAUAUGGUAGCGUUACACCUUUCAGUAAACCAAUUCAGAGGCUGCUAGAUGAAAGAGGAAACACAUGGACAAGGCACCUCAUUUUUGAUAGCACUAACCAGAGUUCAAUCAGGGAUACAACUGGUAGGGCAUACAAAUAUGUUUAUGAUCUAGAAAGGAGAGGUGUAGAUUCUUUCCAAAGUCCUGGAACUCAUUUAGAUAAAGGAACCAAUCCGAUGAGUUCAGUGGCUAGUGAAUCAGGUCUUUUUAGUUCAAAAUAUCAUUCAAGUUUAAUGUAAAUAAAAUUUAUCUGAAAGAAUGUCAGGGAAUUAUCUGUAGAAGUGAUCAAGCUAUCCUGUUGGAGGAAUAAUUUUUCUUUUGCUUCUCUUUAUGGUCAACAAUAAAUGAAGAAAAUGGUUGAAGCAAAGGAGAUGAGUGUGUUUUUUUGUAUGAAAUUCUUAACAGAAAGGAAUUGACCAAAUUUUUCAAAAAGUCAAAUACUAUUAAAUAAUUUAGAUCUCAAGAUGACAUUUUGACUGUGCUCUUCUUAUUCGCUUGUGUCUCCAAAAGUGUUACAUGUGUACCUACCAAUUAUUUUGACUGGCGCUAUCCUUUGUAUAUGAAAUUUCCUUAAACUGUCCUCCAAAACUUAGAUGUACAGCUGAUUGCCUGACGCUCCUUCCAUCAGGACUUUUGCGGUAAACAACGCCUUAGUGAUCGAAUGGCACCAAACAAAUAUGAAAAAUCAGCAUCAGUUGAAUCAGCUUUGACAAGUAUAAUAAUCGGCAAAGAGAUCAAUCUGUUAAUUGUGACACAAGGUCAAUGUGGAAAGGGCUAUGUCUGCUGCUUUCGAUAUUUAUACCAAAAGGUCUCGCCAUAAGUUUGUUUUAAACUUGUAAGUUUAAUUCCCCAAAAUUUCAUCAAUGUGAUUUGGUCUUCUCUUGAUAAAUUUGAUUUGGUUGAUGCAUGAGAUUUCAAGAUAUGUGAGAUAAAAAAUAACAUUAGAAUCCACUAUAUGCACAUUUCAUUAAGUUCCUCUGUAAAAUUAAAAAAAUUCAGAAUGAUCAUCGCUCUUUGAUUAAAAAUGUCUAAUUUUAUUUUUUAAUUUUGAAGUCUAUAUUUGGCAUUUGAAUUAAAACACUGUGCUAGUUGAUCAGUGAGGAGAAUACUUGUUACAUAAUUGGUCAGAAUUUUGUCAUCUUGAUUAUUUUUAUUUUUUAAUGUACUUUUUACCGAAUUGUUCAAAGUGAAAGAAAAAUUCCUCAUUUUUUCAAGAAAGUAGAAAGCAUAGGAAACAAACUUUUGUUUUGGAUGGUGAUAUGGGUAAAAAAGUUACUUUUUUUCUCUGAAGCCUUUUGCACGCCUUCUCAUCUUUAAAUUGUAACUAAGUCAAUCCUCACUUGCCUGAACAUAUAAAAAAGCAUUACGAUGGUGAAACUACCAGACGAUGUAUCUUGUUUGUAGUGUUAAGAAAUCUCCGCCUCAUUCCAUUUUUGAAGGAGAACAAAUCAGUAUCAUUCCAUCAAACUUUCACUGAGUUUUCUUUCUACAUAGAAGAAAAAUCAUGGAAGUUUUCAAGAAUUGAUGUUGAGUAGUUUUCCAUUUAAAAAAUGAAGUAUGACAGGAAGUCUGCAAUGUCGCAAACCAAGGUACGUCAUCUGGUAGUUUCACCAUCGAUAAUUGAAAUAAUGCCCAUUCGCUUUUGUUAACCAAGGCUCUCGUUUAGUAUUUAGAUAGGAGUCACUCCAACUUUUCUAUCAUUGUUUUGAAUUUAAGGUGUUUACCUUGAACUUUUUUGUCAAUAUCCCAAGUCUUUCUAUUAGCUCCUAGCUUGUUGUAAAUAAAGAGAAAAUAAGAGCCCGCAUUGAAUUUGAAAAAAGCACAUGGUUCUGAUUUCCCAUGUUAUCCUCCAUAAGGAAUUCAAAAGUGGUCAUCAGGUGUCUGAUUGGCUGAAAAGCAUGCGCGGGAAGCUCAGGUCCGGAUCAGGCAACUGCGCUUUUUUCCCAUUCCAUGUGGGCUCUUAUUUUCUCUUUGGUUGUAAAUAAGUUUCUUCACCUGGGAAAUCGUUCUUCCUUAGUUCAUUAAAAUAAAUAAAUUAUAAGUUUUUUAAAAACCUUUGUAAAUUGACUCAUUUUAACCAUAAUUAAUGAAGCAGAAAAGCAGCUUUCAUAGUAAGUGAGCUUUAAAAAGAAGUCACUCUAUAGGAAGGCUCAUAGUUCACCCUUUCCUUGAAUUUGAUCAAAAUUGCAGUUGAUAUUUUUUUACUGUAGCAUAAUUUUUUAUGUCCUUGUUCUUUUUAAAAUAAAAAAAUUAUCUUUAAA